AUGUCGCAACAGGUUUCUGCGAAGAAGCAGCAGGAGCUGCAGGCGCAAUAUUCGAAUUACAAAGAAACCCUUCAAGCCAUCGCACAAAAGAUUGGUGAUGUUGAGACUGAAGCUGAGGAGCACAAGUAA